CGGCGAACAAUCCCGGGCAGGGCUCGCCUCGCCGGUGACAUCACUCCCGAAGAUACUCCCCACUCUCAGCGCCUGCCUUCGCAAGGAGUCCGUCCGUUUGCUUGUCGGUUUCCUUCCGUCCGCUGCUGGAGAGGGCUCAUUGCUGGCCAGGGACAGAGCCGGGCACUGAGGAGCGACAGGACCCGGAGGACGAGGAGGGAGAGCGCAGGCAGCGAGGAAAGGAGGAUCCCGGCAGGUGACAAGCAUGAAAUUCAGCCCAGCGCACUACCUGCUGCCUCUCCUGCCGGCGCUGGUCCUCAGCACCAGGACUCUGGAGAGCUAGAAAAGCAGCUGAAGCAAGUCUUGAAGGAGCGGAGCACCAUCCUCCGCCAGCUGACAAAAACAUCAAGAGAACUUGAUGGAAUUAAAGUCAACCUUCAGAAUUUGAAAAACGAUGAGAAAUCUGCCAAAACUGAUGUUCAGAAGCUUCUGGAAAUAGGUCAGAAACAAAGAGAACAAAUGAAGUCUCUCCAGGAGGCCCUGGAAAAUCAGCUUAAAGAGACAACUGAGAAAGCAGAAAAACAGCAGGCUACUAUUGCUUUUUUAAAGACUGAAAUGGAGAGAAAGAACAAAAUGAUCCGAGAUCUCCAAAAUGAGAAUAAAAGCUUGAAACACAAACUCUUGUCAGGAAACAAGCUAUGUGGAAUACAUGCAGAAGAGUCAAAAAAAAUCCAAGCCCAGCUGAAGGAGCUUCGUUAUGGGAAGAAGGAUUUAUUAUUUAAGGCCCAACAGCUUACUGAUCUGGAACGAAAAUUAGCUGUGGCGAAAAAUGAACUGGAGAAAGCAGCUCUUGACCGGGCGUCACAGCUGAAAGCAAUGAAAGAGACCGUACAACUCUGCCUCUCAGCUGUUUUCCAUGAUCAACCUCCUCCCCCUUUGAAUCUAUUCAAGCCUAGUCCAACUCGGAUAUCAAUUCCAUCCAUGCCAAAUGACACGAAGAUUGCAGAUGCAAGGACAAGAAGCAAGGAUCAACAAACCACUUCUGAAGCCCAUGAGAGCUCUCAAGUUGAGACUACAAAGGAAGAAUAUCUGAGUACCCCUGAAUGCGAUACUCAAAUUCUUAUACAGGGGAGCACGACCUGUUCAAUGAAGCACAAAGAAUAUCCUGCAAGCAAUGACACCACAGAAUCAGAACCUGUCCCACAGAAUGUGAUGGUGCCUCCUUGUACUGAAUGCGAAGAGGAAAAAAACCCGGGAAAACAAUUGACCAGCACUGAAGGGAAGGCAAAUAGAGAAAAAAAAUGACUGUAAAUACCAAGAAACUGUGUUAAAAAACAUCCAUUUGCUAUUGUCUUCAUACUCUUUUUAGACCACAAGCUUGAUGGAAAUACUAAGUUUUUAAAGCAUGCGACUUUUUCACAAUUUUAUGUACCUUUAUAUAGUAGUCUACAAAUUUUCCAAAAGAUUCCAGGCCAAUUAUGAUCCUUAAGCAAUAACCUAAUUAAAAUGGAUAUCCAGGCUUCCCUGGUGGCGCAGUGGUUGAGAGUCCACCUGCCGAUGCAGGGGACGUGGGUUCGUGCCCUGGUCCGGGAAGAUCCCACAUGCCGC